AUGGUAUUCACAGAACAAGUUAUGUUCCUGAACGUCAUUCCGCCAAGUAACUUAAUACCAUGCCCUGUUAUUGCACAUAAUCUUGAAAUAACUUUUAAUGAUUUUGAAGAUUUCAAUGCAAAAUUUGCAAAUUUAGCAAAAGCCAAUAACGGUUAUUAUGAUAACGAUGAUGAUAUUAAAAUUGAAAAUACACAUAUUCAGGAUUUGGAUGGAAAAACCAAAAUCAACCAUUCAUUUGUACCAAUGAACUAA